UUGAUGCCCAGGAUGAUCUUGUCUAAUGCCACAGUGAUGAUACCCUUUUUGACCAGACUUUGGCAGGAGACGGUUCAACAGGGUAGGAACACAUCUAGCCUGGCCCGCAGGUCCCCCCACGGAGAUGACAGCAAGUUGGAGGCCCUCUAUGUUCUCAUGGUGCUUGGCUUCUUUGGCUUCUUCACCCUGGGCAUCAUGCUGAGUUACAUCCGCUCCAAGAAACUGGAGCACUCACAUGACCCAUUCAAUGUGUACAUCGAGUCAGAUGCCUGGCAAGAGAAGGACAAGGCCUAUGUCCAGGCUCGGGUUCUGGAGAGCUACAGAGCAUGCUAUGUCGUCGAAAACCAACUGGCCGUAGAACAACCCAACACAUACCUUCCUGUGGCAAAACCUUCACCAUGAACCCUACAACUGGCUAAAACUGAGGAAUCCUACCUGAUGACCUGAUUUUUUAAAUUACAUGGCUCUCAUAUUCUUUAUUAUAGGAAUACCACUGGAUUUUUUUUUCUAUGUAAAGGGCGAGGGUUGAAUUAGUCAUACUUUUUCUAAAAUCACAUUCCUUCUAUAAUAGACUGUCAGUUGUUUCCCCCAGUAGCUGUCCCUGCCUUGUUAAAUUUAGCAGACUCCCUGAGGAUGUGGCAUCUGAGAGUAUGAGCUGUGUUUCCCAGACUCCCUUGCAGCUAGCAAGGUCAUGUGACUGAGUCCUGGCCAGAAGACAUGGAAAUGAUGACUGCAAUUUUCAAGUAAUUUCCUGAAAAAUGCAAGGACGUAAUUAUGAACUUUGCAGCAACUUGG